AUGAAAGCGCCAUCACUCCGACCACAAGUCCCGAUGGGCGACGUCACAGCAGAACCGACAAAGAGUCGCCGGCAGAAUAAAGGCCUUGCCUGCGAAGAAUGUCGUUCACGUAAACUCAAGUGCGAUAUGAGCCAGCCGCAAUGCAGCACCUGUCGCAAUCUGGGUGUACCAUGCAUUACAAAUACGGCGCGGCGACCUCGAGGCCCGAGGAAGGGUCAUGUCAAUAUCCUCAGAUCGCGCAUAGCAUCGCUCGAGCGCCAGUUAUAUGAGAACUCCGAGGGCCAACAGAGCAGACGACAAAGUUCAACAUCUACCCAACAUGUAUUGGAGGUAGAUCAAUCGGAAAGUGUCAAUAUUGGCGAAAUUGAAAAAGCCAGCGUCGCACAUUCGCAGGACUCAACGGAUGACUUCCUUUUGGACCCGCAGUCAAUCGGACUCCUCAAAUGGCCAUCGGUAAUCCCUUCUUUGGAAUUGGAAAGCGAAUGGUGCAAACAUAUUGAACCCUUCCCGGAGUGUACAUACCAAUCCCCAGCGCUAACCCCAGCAAGCAAUAUACCUAAGUCGGUGUCAUCUGCGUGUCCGAUUGACGCUAGCAUAAGCCCACUAGAACUGGGCUCCCAGGCAAUGACAACGCCCAUUCAGCUUCCCGUCCAGCUGUCAGCCUUAGAGCGCGCAGAUCUAGACGACCUUUUCUUCGACCGCGCUUACCCUUUUGCUCCCAUCAUCCAUCAGCAGCGGUACUAUGCGCGGGCAGCCAACGAGCCAGACGCAAGAGAGCCCUUAACCGCCUUACAAUAUGCCAUGCGAACGCUGGCCGCGUCGAUGGGGAGUCAGUUCCAGGGUGUCCUACCGCUCUUAUACACUCACGCCUGCUGCUUACUGGACGUGUGGGAGCAACACAUGCCGAACGAGGCUCUUCCCAUCGAAGUGGUGCAGGCGCGGCUGCUUCUGGUCCUCUAUGAGAUUCUAAAAAGUAACCCCAGCAAGGGAUGGAUUAGCGCUGGUCGCUGCUUUCAUCUCGUCCAUCUCUUGAAACUCGAUCAGAUCGACAACCCGAAUACCUGGCAGACAUCCAGUCUCUCCUGGGUGGAGACCGAGGAGAGACGGAGAACAUUCUGGACAGCAUACACGCUCGAUCGAUAUGCGAACCUCAUCCUCACCCGCCUUCCCGCCCCAGAAACGGCAUUCCGACAUCAACAGGCUGUUACGACCGAAUAUCUGGCCCCGGCCAUGGCGAGAAAAGCCGACCAACAGGUAUCGCCCUACGCGAAAUCGAUCGUCAUGCUUACCAUUCUCGCACGCUGCCUCUCCCACAGAAACCAAUGUAACGUGGAACGUAUCAUGGACCCUACAUCCCAGGAAUGUAUCGUCCGCCAUCGAGCACUGGACAUCAUCUUGAGUCAAGAGAGCCAGACGACAUUGUCUAGUCCCGCUGCCGAUUUCUCAUCGUCUGACCCCACAUCCAUCUUCGUCGACAUGUUAGCUCAAGUCGCAGUUCUGGUACUCUUCACUGCCUUGAACUCGGUGCCUGAAGCCGCAGAAAUGUACCAGGACAUGUACGGAAGCUACGAGACCAAGGCUGCUAUUGCGACGGAACGAGUGCUCAGCCAGGCACAAAAGCUGUCCCAAAUAGGGUCUUUCAAGGCAAGACUAGCCUCCCAAGUGUUUUCAGCCAUUUCUGAUCGGAAUGCGUUCAACCACAAGCUCCCGGCGCAGUUCAAGGCCAUUUCUGCCGCCUUGAGUGAUAUGGUGCCUGUUAAUAACCUUGCCAGGAUGCUGGAGCUUGAGAUCCAGCGUAAUGCGGAGAUUGUGCCUGCAGCUAUAGGCUUCUGA